AACGCAGCGCGAGCGACGGUGGUGGCUGCUAGGAAAGCAAGCGAGCGAACGAGCGAGCAAGCGAGCAAGCAAACAGCCAGAGACUGCCCUCCUGUCUCCCCCACCCCUAGCAUGCCUUGGUGAGCCCAUGGCCUCCGUACACACGGAGGAGAGUGAGGCAGCCCCAGCCGCUCCUCACGUCAUCCGCUGAGAGAGAGACGACGGGCCUCGACACGGCGAGGAGCAAUAAUUCUAACGAGCCAAGAUGGCGGCGGACACGGUGGCCCUGUCCGCGCUCACGCUCGCCAGGGGCGACAAGAUCCUCGUGACCGUCGAGUCCGCGCUACCGGACAUCGUCGUCGUGUCCUUCGUUCACGGUGCCAAGUGCUUCCAGGGCGCGUUGCUCGACGCCACCAAGAGAGGUCUCCCUUGUGGCGUGCAACCCCCGGAACCAGUACCAGAUCCCGACGGCGACAAACUGGCGACGAUCGCGGCUCGUUUCAGUUACUUUCAAGAGAGAAAGAGCUCGCUGACCGUAGCCAAAGUCGAUCUUCGCAGGAACAUCAACCCGCCGGCCAGGUAUAAGAAUGCACGGCCGACGGUCAGGCUCAGGCCCCGUCAGGUGCUUUGCAGCAAGUGUAGAUCGAUUUGCAACGAGAACAGCGAGAACGUCGACGUCAGCAGAAAACGGAAGCACGACGAGCCGCAGCAAGAGAGCCAGCAUCAUUCGCAGCAACAACAGGUCACGGGUCAUGGAUCCACCAGAAGAAGCGAUCGACGUUGCGGCCAGCAGCCGCAGAAAUCCUCCAGAAUACUGUUCUCCGAUUGUCAGUCCGAGAACAUCGCGGCCCAUCAGGCAACGAAAUCCUCGUCGUCGUCGGCUCUGAGUCCCGACUCGUCGAAGCUGGCGCCGUCUCUCAUACCCAAAAUCUCGAGACUCCAACCGAACGAGAUCAAUAACGCUAUGCAGGGAACCGAGAAGGUGAAGAUCGCCCCGUCGUAUUGGAACAACAGAGCGGAGGAAGGCGGCUCGUCGGUGAACGCGAUGGAGCCGGCCGAGGAACGCAUGGAGUCGACGGAUUGUGACAGUAAUCCAUCGAUGGCGUAUUGCGCCACGCCCAGAAGACUUAGCAGCUCCUCGGUAGAAAGUGCUAAGAUACCCGAGGAGGACGAGAAGAAAACCUUCGCCGCGGCGGACUCGACAAUGAGGCCAAGAACGGCCCGAGUGCCACGGAAGAAACGAUCGGUCGGAUCGAUGGAGGAUCUGUGGGACGAGACCGUGUUCGAAGACCCGACGAGGACGGCGAGAACCACGCCGGUGAUUAAAAUCUCGUUCGGUGCGCAGGGCGAGGGUACCGUUCUGAAGAUCCCCUCGAAGAUCCAGGAUCCCGAGUACGAGCAGGAGACCGACGAGGCGGAGGACCCGCAGACCGAAACGGAGAGGGAUCCGCUGGAGUUGCCGAGGACCUUCGAGAACGAUUACGAUUUCAGCGCGGACUGCGAGGAGAACGGGCAGGAGCAAGUGGACCCGCAGAAGCAGAGCGUGAAAGACGCCAGCGCGAAGGCGGCGAAACGGGCGUUAAAAAAAGCGAAGAAAGAAGCCAGGAGGAAAAUGCUGGGCGGCGUCUCGCCGGCGAGAUCUCCUUGCAACGGUUCGCCACGGUACAAUCCCACGUACGACACGUUGUCGUAUCAUCGUCGCAAGCAUAAAGUGAAGCAUAAAAAGAAGCACAAGGAGGACCGGAAACACAAGAGCCAGCCGCAGACGCAGCACCAGCAGCCAUGUUUGGAAUCCAGCGGCACGGAUAACCAACAGAACUGGAAUGUGCUGCCUGGCAGCGAAUCGUACACGGCCAUAAAGGAGCAGUGCCUCAAGCAAAAAUUGUCUAUAUCUCUGAAGAGAUUGAACACGAACGCGUACGCCAGAUGCGACUAUCCCGUGAGCAACGCGUCCUCCGGCUGCAAGAGUCCCGGGGCCAGCAGCGACGAGCUCAGCGAACAGGAGCCCGAGGUGGACGCUGGCGAAACGGCGCCAGAUUUCCCGCCACAGUCGCAUCCACUGAUGAUGCGUCUAGCAGCGACACCUGUGGAGCACUGUCUCACCGCCAGUGGCAGAAGAAUGGACGUUGGCGACGUAGUGUGGGGAAAAAUUCAUGGUUUCCCAUGGUGGCCUGGGAAGGUUCUUAGUAUCACGGUUUCCUGUAAAGAGGAUGGCUCAUCGUCCGGGCCUCAGGCUCACGUUGCUUGGUACGGUUCUUCGACGAGUUCCCUCAUGUCAUGCGACCAGUUGAGCCCAUUUUUAGAAACAUUCAAGACACGGUACAACAAGAAAAAAAGGGGCCCGUAUAAGGAGGCGAUACGACAGGCGCAGACCGAGGCCCGAAGUCAGAUCACGCCUAACUCGACGAGCAGCGUGCUGAACGUCUGUGGCUCGCCGCGCGAGGUCAACGUCCUCUCCUAAGGGAAGGUGCACGCCACCUGACACCAUUCCUUACUGCCGGGUAUCGGUCGGCCGGGAUUACGGAUCGACGGAUCGAAAUCGUCGUGUAAUAUAUAAAGAUUUGUACAUAAUGACCUAGCGUUAAUGAAAUAGUUUCUUGGAUCGAUGUUCUUAUCAGUCGCCUGGCGUUGUUCGCGAUGGCUCACAGGGCGAACACGACUCGAAAUGGAAGUUUACUGCCAUCACUGGCGCGUUUUUUAUCCUCAGCUUUUUGAGCAAACAUUUAGCGCGUAAGAAGUAUUUAGAUAGGGUAUACCUAGAGAUAAUGAUAUGUCGGCUCUCGAGAAUAAUUUUCGUAUUAAAUAUGACUUCUUCGAUAGCUAGACGGGUUGUCGGUCAUCGACUCGGAGACCCGUUACUUAAAUUCUUUAUAUAUAUAUAUAUAUAAAUAUAUAUAUAUAUAUUAUAUAUUUGUAUUACAAUUCCAUUGUGAUUGUUAUCGAAACACGCAGUGAGCUCAUCCAGUGCGGGCAGUGAAUCUUCGACACGACAGGCCGCAAACAUUGCUGAAUAAAAAUGGACAAUAUCUCUUGACUAGUGAAGUUUCCAACAUUUUAGUUUUCAUCUAAAGUACUAUCAAUCAACUUGUGUUAAAAGUAAACGUAGAGAAAGUGAAGGAGGAAAGAAGAUAUUGUAUAGUUCAGGAAAGUCUAACUUCCUACAAGUUUAUUUAUUUAUUUAUUUAUUUUUCAAGUACAACUGUGUAGUUUUUUUUUUUACAUUUUGUGAGGGACAAAGUAAUGAAAGCUUUCAUUUUGUAUGUUAGAAACUUACAGGAAAAAUUCCUCCGAUAUUCGUAGCCUCGUACUAUCACAAUUUAUUUUAUUCUUUAUGUAUGCAUACAUAUAUAUAUUUUCUUUCAUACUUUUUUUAUGCAGAACAAUGGAAAGGUUUCUGUUUCCAGAGAAAAACACAGUUAUAUUUGAAAUGGAACAUGCAGUUAUCUCUUGUAAUUGCGUAAAUACAUUUAUAAAAAAAGAAUAGAAUAUUUUUAAUUAAACUUUACUAAAUUGUACAAUAUUUCCUUUUGCUCCUGCUUGGAGAAAAGCAACGCUUCCUCUGAUUGCUAUACAUUGUCUUGUUUUUUUGUUUACUACAUGGGGGAUCGUGCAGUUAUCGGUUCUUCGUAUUUCAAUUUCUGAUUAGGAGUUCACAUAACCUUAAUUGGAAGUUUCGUAAGGGAAGGUUCUCCCUACGUCGAAGGUUCACUGCCUUAGGGAUUUUCUUUCGCAUAAAAUUGCGACUAGGGGACUUACUAGAAUACUCGAAUAUUCGAAUAUUCGAAUAUUUCGCGUACCGAUCGAGUAUCAAGAUACUUCGUUAGACCACGGAAUAUUCGAAUAGUCCCAGUCCUAAUUGUGACCGCGUGUCGGAGUUUUUGUAACGAAAUUUCCAGUUGCAAUCGUCGUGCAGCAAUAUCACGCUGCAGCUUAUUCAGGGCGUUGAAAUUUGACAAAGUGUGAUACGACAGAGAAAAAAAAGAAAUGUUCACACGUUGACUGUCGUGGCGGUCACCGGUGACCGGCACACGUGGUAAAACAUUGUCGCAAUGGAAGGACUUUAACUCUUAUAAAAUUGUAAAUAAUGUUACUGUUAUUAGGAAUGAUGUAAAAUAAGAGAUACGCCCAUUGAAUCGAAUCGAAUAUUUCUAUAUUUCACACUAGAAUUUGAACAAAUGUCUCUAGACAUGGGAAAAACUGUCGCGACAGUCAACGUGUUAAUAUCGUGACUCGUUUGACGACGUUCAGAAUGUAUUUCACGCCCGUUUGUUCUACGUACUGUCUUUAACGUUUCGUAAAACCUCGCUGUGUCGCGUUUCAGCGGGACAAUAGAGAAACAAACACUUCUUCGCCCUUAGUUAACCUCUUUCUUUCGACAACGAUGACACAAUAUUCCAAAUGAUAAUUUUUUCAUACAAGGAAGAUGUAUUUCUUUCGAUAAGAAAAAACCUAUUUAAUUAUUUAAUUCCUCGAGAUGCGGCGUAAUUAUGGAACGAAUAUAUUCGUGGUGAAAUACGCGAGAAAAAUGCAAUAACAUAUUUUUACCGACGCCCACAAGUACGUUUCAGUGCAACGAAUGCAUUUUGAAAGCAUUGAACAGUUUCAAUGAUACAUAACCUAGCAACUAAGUUUACUCUAGAAGGAAUUAGACUAAUGAAGAUAACUGCCAGAAUUCCUUUACGAAUUGGUUUAGACUACGUUAUGCUUAUCGAGUAUAAUACAUUCUUGAAAGUGUUCAAUUCUGUAUGUUGGCAUAUUUUUUGUCUGCACAGAGCUCAGAUACGUUGUUUAGCGGUAAAUUGUUCGAAAUAUCUUCAUGCUCGACUCUAUACAUGGCACCGAGGACAGAUUUAAGAAUUUAUCAGUCGACAAAGUAAAUAAGUUACUUGCACAUGGCAGUGCGUGUGUAAGUUAUCUCGAUACGAGUCAUGUAAUCGUGUGUUUCAUCGAAAUACGGUGAUUGUAUAACGUAUAUCGAGGAACCACUGAACACCGCGACGCGAGCGCCACCAAUACUUUUCGACACGCAAACUGACAGAAUUUUACUCGUUCAGCAUUGGAUAGAAUUUCAUUUCAUAUACUACAGAUCGUACGCCUCCCGUUCGUUUAUCGAAUUACGCCGCAUCUCGUAUCACCAUCGUCACCCCAUUUUCUUCAUAUUUUUUAACGCUUCGUAAAUUUAAUUACCGUUGACUUCUAUCACUUCGAAUGGUAGAAAUCUUUGCAUAACUGCCAUAUAUUAAACGUAUACGUAUAAACGAUUCCAGUAUCAACGAAUUUUGUUGACCAUCGGUAACUUCUGUUUAGACGAAGACAUUGUAUACACGACCGGAUUAAGGCUUUCGAGGCCCUCUUCGUAUAAAAAGCGGGGGAUAGCGGGGUUUGUAGGUAUUUUUUCAAAAAGGAAAGCGUUGUCUUAAAAAAUUGCCUUAUCUUGCUUUUUCUCCUAAGUCAUCUAUAUACGUACGUUAAAAUCAAGAUUUAAAAAAUGAUUUAAUUUAUUGACAAAAUAUUAGCAAAUCAAAAGUAAUUUUUUUUGUUAACACCUUGACUGCUAUAGUGGUCAAUGAUGACCAUAUUACAAUAAAUUAAUACUUGUAAUUUUGUUAAUAAUGUUAUUGUCAUUGGAAAUACUACAAAAUAACAAGUACUUUAUUGGACUAGCAAAUAUUUUUAUUUACUGGGAUAUCUCUAGACAGGAAAAACUGAUGUGGCAGACAACGUGUCGAGUAUUUGUAAACAUUUAUUGUAUUAUUUGAAAGAAUGAGAAUUCGAGGUUAUAGCCUCUUUUAGCCUCUUCCUUAAUCCGUGCCUGAUUGUAUGGUUACAAUUAGAGAAAGGUCAUUUGAAAACCAAUAAAGAUGGAACGAGAGUGUAGUCGAUCGUUCGUUUUCGUAAACGAUGUUCGACGUACGCGUAGACGUUUACUAAUCGAUACGAUUGUAUCUUAACCUAUUACUUUGUAACAACAGUUAGUCCAUUAUCCGUUGUCGAUACUUUUCGUAAACGAAACGUAUCAUGUAUAAUUUUCAAAUUCAGAUUUUAAAGUUCGUGGUAAAUCGGUGUAUUAAUUUUCUGAGAUCCCGUGCUUGAACUUUCGAGCGAAACAUUCGAUGUGUGUAACGAUUUCGAUGUAUGGAAGAUUACGUCUAUGGAACCUCGGGAGCAUGUAGACAGUUUUUCUGACAUUCAAAUGUCCGGUACAAGAUUUCUCAUUGAAUUUUUGACGUUAAUUUUACAAGCUCGUAAAAUUAUUUAUCAAAAACGAAAACUUCGCUCUAGGCAUAAAUGGGUUGUUGGAUCCAGGUUAGAAUCAGUUUUAUUUUCUUGUCACGGAACAUAGAUUUUUUUUAUACUUUCGUAGAGAAAUUACUUCGUAAUAUAUCGUUGGGGCACUCGGACCCUUGCACCCGAAAAUAAUUGCUCUAGGCAAGCCCUGAUCCGUUGACAUUCUGCGCUCAAGGUCACUGCUGUUUUCGUUCCCAACGGUUUUUUUUUUAUACAUUCACUAUAUGUCUAUGUGUUUCUACACGCUAUGCGUAUCAGCAAAAUAAAUAAAGGGUUCAUGCGACGAGUCUCGAAACACGACGAAAACACUGAACGCUGUUAUUUUAAGUUUUUUUUCUUGAAUCACGCAUCGCCAUCAAAGAUGGAUAAAAUUUUAUUCGAUCUGACAGUUAAAUCUUUAUUUACUGUAAAAUAUUUCAUUGUAUUAUUCAAACUUUAAUUCGUUCGAAAUUUUUAUCCAAAUUUUGUCCAUCUUUGUUCCAAGUGAUCGGUGAUCAAAAAAGCGAUUACGUUGUAACGUACGAAAUGUACGUUUUUCUUUACGAGAAAUCAAAGUCUUCGCGCAAUGAUAUUUUUAUCAUCUGCGUCUCGUGCAAUUAUUUACAUUUAUUAUCGUUAGUUAUACGUAUACAAUAACGUUUAUUAAGAAGUUUUUUUUCCCCCGUCGAUGAAUUCUGCGAAUCCCCAACGAUUCUAUAAUUUAUUUACGUUCUGUGUAAACCAGUGAACGACGAGAUCAUUCGAGCAGGCGUUGAACAAUUUUUUUUUAUAAGUACAAGCGAACGCUUGUAUGAACGGACACUUCGUGCGUUACAACAAAAUAAUAAAGGAUACCAAUGCAAUUUUGAGCUACGAACAACUCGAGUUCAGUGCUGCCUCUCUUCUUGCGCCAAGUCGGGUUCGUCAGAUUUCACGUAGGGAGGGUUAGGUCACGGCUCUGUCGGUUAACCGAGUAUGCGCAGUCGCGGAACGCUGAAUGGGGGUGGGGAUGGCUCCGUGGCAACUGUCUCCAACGCGAAUUGAUGCAUAAAGCGUGGCAGGGCUGUGGCACGGCGAUAUCUUACGAGAAGAAAAUGUUCGAAGCGCGCAGAGGGCUCUCGACCGCUUUGAUGUCGUCUUUCUUUAAUCACAAACGUCGAUUUUCGCGUAGAGGGAAAUUAGGUGUGCCGCGGUCACUUGCGAGACGCGCGUAAAACUGUUCGUGAUGCUUGUUGACGAAGUAAACUAUUUGCAUGCGCAAGGGGAACGACCGCGGUGAGAAAUAAGAGAGUGCGAGAGAGAGAGAGAGAAAGGGAAGCGGUAAACUAAGAUGUUUUUAAGUAACUGUGAUUUUUUCAAAUGUUUUAUAUUAAACACGCGUACAUAUACAUAUAUGUAAUAUAUGUAUACAGGGGGUUUGCUUACAUUUGGGCAAUCUUUCAGAGUGAGUCAACACGACGAUAUCGGAUGAAAUAUUCGACUAAAUUUUUUUUAAUAAUGCCCAACUUUGGGCAACAUAACGAUCAUUUAAUUCUCUUUAAGAUUUAUUUGAAGCAUUUUUCAAACUAAAAGUAACUUUGACAAAUAUAAUUUUCGUUCUAUUUUAUUACGUGGAAUCAACUUAUGGAAGAUUGUUCACGUUUAAAUAAACUCCUUAUAUAUGAUGAAUUAAUUUCUACGCAUAAUAUAAACGAUAAUGUUUCAAUGUCGCUGUGUUUAUACGGAAGUUGUAGAACAUUUUUUGGACUAACAUAUCGGUAGAGAAAGAGAGCGUUUAGCGACAAAUAAUUAUUGCUAUUAUUAUCACCGUUUCACGUAUUAAUUCGUAAUUAUUAAUCGAUUAUUAUUACGAUAGUUAUGUGCGAGUGCGUUGCCUAAUCUUCACAACGGAGUUCGAUUGUUGAUUGCUUAUUGUAAGAGUCUCUUGUCAUCGCUGUCACGUAAUCAUUGUAUUCAGCGCCAUACACACACACACACACACACACACACAGACACAGACACAGACACAGACACAGACACAGACACAGACACAGACACAGCACAGACAGACAGACAGACAGAAACACGAAACUCGAACUUUUCGUCGCCUCUCAUCGAAAGGAUCGCCGUUCGCCCGUGAUACAAAUUGUUUCAUUUCGUUCGUCUCUUUUGCAAUCGACCUCUCAUGGACUGUUCCUAAAACGCCGUUGUAUAAGCUGGACCUUUCAUCGGGCAGAAAGAUCCUACUUUCGAGUUCGGGUAUCCUCUUUGUUUGCAGCCGAUACUCGGCUGGAUUAGGUACUUAACCAAUCGACAAUAGAUAAUGUUAUCGUCCGUUCAAAUCCUCGGGAGCGUAAAAAGCUACCAUCGAGUCCGGGUGUAUCCGCGUUUUCGUUCUCAGUGACGUCGAACCGCCAUCUUGAAGUCGGUAAUCGAGGUAUGUGGAUACGGAAAACCGGCAAACGAGGCGAUUCCUCGUCCAAAACUACGUCGAAAUUGUCGAAUACAGAUUUUCUCGCGCGGCGUUUCCGUUUUCGAGAGAAUUGUAUUCGUUUCGACGCGCAUGUUCCAUUUAACAAAAGUCAAGGUGACCUCAAUUUUGUCGAGAAAAAUAAAUGUUUUUAAAAUUUUUAUUAUUGUAGAUUAUUGUGCGUUUCGUUGGCGAACGAGAGCCCGUCGGUUUCCGUGUGUUAUUUUCCCUCGCCGAUCGAUCACGUGUUCAAACAUGGCGCCCAUUCGUCAGCCGCGCGGCCCGGGCAUCCACCUGACGAUCUUCGAGGCUGUUUUCUGGAAAACGAAAGCCUGGACGGUAAAAUGCAUCAUGUUUUCGAUUUAUUUUUGGACGAAGAAUCGUCCCCUCGUCGAUUCUAUCUCGAAUUACGCUCGAAAAGGACAUUUUUUUUUUAGUACCAUUGCCAUAGAUAAUCACGUCCACGGAUCCGGUACGUUAUUUGAAUCAUCGUGUUUGUAAAAGCCAAAUUGUAGUAAACUCUGUCGUUCAAGUUCUAUUUUGAAAUUAACAGAAAUCUAUAGAAAUUAAAAUUGUAUCGUUUUGCAUUUUGGAUGCUCUGUGACUUGAACAUGGAAUUUACUGGUCCGCCAUUUCGGCCCCUUCGUGCCCACUGUAUUCGUUUCAGACAAUUCACAUUGUUAUCACAAUAUUAUCUGUAUGUUUGUGCAUAUGAAUUAUUUUUUAAGAUCGAUAGACUACUUUGUACUCGUAA